UUUCUUGAGCCCAUGUUCGAGAGAGAGCGAAAGAGAAAGGAAGGGAGAAUUCCUAAAACUCUCUCUCUUUCUCUCUCUCCUUUGUCUUUUGAUCUUAACGUUAUCCAGAUUCGCCUCAGCAAUGGCGGAUGACGAGCCUUCCCUCACUCGCUGGUCCUUCAUGGAUUUUAAAAUAUUUUAUGAUGCCAAGUUUGGUAGAAAGAGGUUGCCGGAACCACGAAACGGCUCUUCCACUGAUCCAUCGGUCGCUAGCAAUGGGAGUUCUCCGGCCGUAUUGGCGAAUGGAAGCGCACAUGUAAAUGCAUCCGAUUUGUCUAUCUACGAGCAGUUUAACCAGGGAAGGAGCUCGGCUCAGUCUAUUGGUGUUUUACCGAAUCGAAAUGGAGAAAAGCCGCAAAAAUCUCUCCUUCCAGCUUUUGAUUCUGCAGAAACACGUUCUUUAGCUGAGAGUUUAUGUAGGGACAUAGUAAGGGACAGUCAAGAUGUUAUGUGGGAGAGCAUCAAAGGUCUGGAGAAUGCCAAACACUUACUUAAAGAAGCAGUUGUCAUGCCAAUUAAAUAUCCCAAGUACUUUACUGGUCUUUUGUCACCAUGGAAAGGUAUUCUGCUUUUUGGUCCUCCAGGAACUGGAAAGACAAUGCUCGCAAAGGCUGUUGCAACAGAGUGCAAGACCACUUUUUUUAAUAUUUCAGCAUCAUCUGUUGUCAGUAAAUGGCGAGGUGAUUCAGAGAAGUUAGUGAAGGUGUUAUUCGAGUUGGCGAGGCAUCAUGCACCAUCAACUAUAUUUAUUGAUGAAAUUGAUGCAAUUAUUAGUCAACGUGGUGAAGCACGUAGUGAACAUGAAGCAAGUAGGCGUUUGAAAACUGAGCUUCUCAUACAGAUGGAUGGUUUAACACGGACAGAUGAACUUGUUUUUGUGUUGGCGGCAACAAAUCUUCCCUGGGAACUGGAUGCAGCCAUGCUCCGUCGCCUUGAAAAGCGGAUCCUAGUGCCUCUGCCGGAACCAGUAGCGAGAAGAGCCAUGGUGGAGGAACUCCUCCCAUCACAGCCCAGCGAAGAUUCUCUUCCUUAUGAUUUGUUGGUAGAAAGAACCGAAGGUUUCUCAGGUUCAGAUAUCCGGUUAUUGUGCAAAGAGGCUGCCAUGCAGCCAUUGAGACGCUUGAUGUCAAUCCUUGAACAGAAGCAUGAAAUUGUGCCUGAGGAUGAACUGCCUAAGGUCGGACCAAUCACUCAUGAAGAUAUAGAGGCGGCACUUAAGAACACGAGGCCAUCUGCUCAUCUCCAUGCUCACCGCUAUGAAAAGUUCAAUGCUGACUAUGGCAGUCAAAUACUCCAAUGAAGACACAUGCCACAUUUCCACAUUUCUUUGUAGUAUUCAUCAUGAGACAGUCUGUAAUGUUCAUUUUACGCCCCGUUUGUUGCCGAUUUAUUUACCAAUUAUCAUCCUUUAGUCGAGGGUUUUUGGGUAUUCAAACGAGAACUAGUUGAUUCUUUUUUCGUCUUUGCAAGGCAAUCGCUUCAAUUAAAACUAGGAUGGGAUUUUCCUCAUCAUUCAUUUAAUGGGUUGUGGUCGCAAGUUAUGCCAAAAUGUCAAACGUCGGCAUGAAAGUUUCGUGAAAGUUGAAACACUCGAAAUUUGGCUUUCAUAGUAAUUAGUAAGAA